GUGCCGUCGCAGGUACAGCUCCAUCCAGCAGGAGCCUGUCUCGGUCCGGUGACAGUUGUAGUUGAGUCGGACUCACGGCUAACGUUAGCUCGGGUCGGGCCCGUGUGGGUUAGGGUUGGAGCCUUAUCUCUUUACUUGGUACCGUAAACAUUAUGGCGGCCGCGGAUCCCUGGUCCUCGAGUGACGGCGGGCCGGCCAGCUGGGGAGGAUUCCCGGCCGGGGAGAGCAGCAACGACCGCGACGGACCGGGAGGCAGCAGCAGCGGCAGCGGGGAGGGCGAACGGGAGCGGGACCGGGCCACCUUCGAGUGCAACAUUUGUCUGGACACUGCCCGGGACGCUGUCAUCAGUAUGUGCGGCCACUUGUUCUGCUGGCCCUGUCUGCAUCAGUGGCUGGAGACCCGGCCCAGCAGGCAGCAGUGUCCUGUGUGCAAAGCCGGCAUCAGCAGAGAGAAAGUCAUCCCACUGUACGGCAGAGGGAGCUCCAGCCAGGAGGACCCCAGGUUGAAAACUCCACCUCGGCCUCAGGGACAGAGAACAGAGCCAGAGAGUCGAGGCGGGAUGUUCCAGGGCUUCGGCGACACUGGCUUUCACAUGUCCUUCGGCAUCGGUGCUUUCCCCUUCGGCUUCUUCACCACAGUCUUCAACACCAACGACCCGUUUCACAGAGCAGAUCAAUAUGCAGGUGAUUACCAAGGCAACGGUAACCUCAACAACGGCAAUAACAACUGGCAAGACUCCCUCUUCCUCUUCGUGGCCAUCUUCUUCUUCUUCUGGCUGCUGAGCGUGUGAUGAAGAAGAGGACGGGGCGCGACGGAGAGAUAACAGACAAGCGAAUUGACGACCAGGAGGGAGGAGUGCAAAAAUAAAUAAAUAAAAAAACCACACACACUUAGCUCAAGCCACAGACACACACUCAUGUUACAUUUCUUAGCAGGUACUACUAACUUGGGAGAGCGGUGCAUUGUAAGAUGUUGGAUUUAAAAAAAAAAAAAAAGGAGAAAACAAAAAAAAAGCAGGAAUUUUGGCUGUCCUCCCAGAAAGGCAGAUUCACCUUCAGCCCUACCCAACUGCUUCCUUUUUCGUUUUAUGCAAGAUACACUUUCUGAAGUAAGUGUUGUGUGAAUCCCAAGAACAGUUAGCCCUCCCUCUCUACCUGCACCUGUAGAUAAAACGCACAGAACAAGACAGUUUGAGGGGCUGGCGGGGAGGCGGAGGACACAGUAUUAUGUCAAAUUAGUUUGUUUAGGGCCGGAGCGUCGCUAAAUCGUAAGUGAGCGAAGAAGACGAGACGUGGGCGGAGGAUAAACGGGGGAAGUGACUAAUUCUGUUUUCUGAAGGUUUAUUCUUAAAACAGGAGCCGUGAUGACAGAGGGUGACAAAACUGGGAGGAGGAAAAGGAGAGGGAGGGAGGGGAGGAGAUGACAUAGGUGUUGCUAUGGUAACCCUUCCUUUCUCCAGAAGGCCAAAGAGUAGCAGAUCAAGUCAAUACACGUACAUGACGUCAGGGGGCGAGAAAUGUAAUUAUAUUCCUGUUUACAGAUGAAAAAAAAAAAAAAAAAAAAUCUAGAAUCUGAUACUUCAAAACAAAACUGGGAUGGAAAUGGACAGAAAUAGCACAGAUGGAUGCAUUUUUUUUUAUAUACAUGUCUUAACAACAACUGCCAUUGCACUGUGAAGUCAUUUGUAUACACACCUGUCCUAAUGGUCCUGAUGUGAUUGCAGUGUGUGUUGGCACACUUGUUGCUUUUUUUUUUUUUAAUUUCUUUCCCUACUCAGUUCUCUCCGUAAUGAGAAAACCUCAAGUGGGUACUUUUUUUUUUUUGUUUUUAAUUUUAAGGGCCAGUUCCUCUGUUUGACAAUAAAAACCCAUGUGACAUACAGUUAACUAGAGAGGAGAGUCGUGCUCUUGUAAAAGUAGCUACAUUGGAAUGCUACACAACUGAUUUAGCCUAAUUUGGGAGGAAUUGUAAAGGUGAGCAUGCCAAGAAUUUACCAAGAAUGACGAGCAGCAGUUUGAUGAAUUGCGUCCCAAUGGGAUAAAAUAUAAACCAGUUGUUUUUCUGUUUUUGUUUUUUCCCCCCCUGAUUGUAUGUGUCUGAGUGAGUGUAUAAACAUUAUAUAUUUGUAUAUAUGAAUAUUGUAAAUGCAGUUUGUACGUGUUACCGAAUGGACGACCAGCCAGAGAGCGCAGGAGGACCAGAUGUACCUACGUGGCCUCCAGACGCUUUGUCAAGAGUAAAAUGAUCUGAUUCCUGGUUUUCACAAAUUGUGCUGAACUUCUUUGUUGAUUUAAUAAAAGGCCUGCAGCCUAAAACCAAUCUGUCAACUCUCCUAUGAAGUUAAUAGUAAAAGUUUCUUUCCCUACUAAUGUGACUUAAUGUGAUUCACUGUGCACAUUUAGGAUCUCCCUUUACGCUUCACAUCUGUUUUAAAAAACAAAAGUGUCACCGUUUUAAUCCAAAGUAAAUGCUAAAAAAAAAAAAAAGGCCUUUGUCUGUGCUCGUCUGAA